UGUCGUAACUUGACUGGUCUACGUGCUCUGUGAUUGGCUAGUAUUUUCUGUUAAUUACUCAUUAAAGAAGUCAUAAUGAAAGUUUUUGUAAAAGAAAAUAUUAUUUGAAAUUACUUCAAGAAUUUCCAGUUAAUCAAUGUCCUAUACUUUUACGACAUUCUCUCUCUCUAUAUACUACAUAAUAAAUAUAAAGAUAGAAUAAAUGAUAUGUCAUCAAUGAAUAUAUUUUUUCGAAUAUGAUAGAUUUAUAUAUAAACAAUUUUGAAUUAAAUACGUUGAAAUGUACACACUUUUACAUGGACUAUACAAAUAUCUUGUACAAAAAGAUGAAUAUUUUAUAUUAAUAUUAGGACUUGAUAAUGCAGGAAAAACAACUUAUUUAGAAGCAGCAAAAACGAAAUUUACAAAAAAUUAUAAAGGAAUGAAUCCCAGCAAAAUUACAACAACUGUUGGUUUAAAUAUUGGAAAAAUUGACAUAGCUGGUGUUCGUUUCAAUUUUUGGGAUCUUGGUGGACAAGAAGAACUAAGAUCACUCUGGGAUAAAUACUACGCAGAAUCACAUGCUGUGAUUUAUAUAGUUGAUUCAUCAGAUCGUGAAAAAAUACCUGAAUCUAAAGAAACUUUUGAUAGAGUUAUAUCAUCAGAACAUUUAAUAGGUGUGCCACUUUUAGUCCUAGCAAAUAAACAGGAUGUGCCUGAUUGUAUGGGUGUUAGAGAAGUAAAACCAAUUUUUAAUCAAAAUGCACACUUAAUAGGACGAAGAGAUUGCAUGGUAAUGCCUGUUUCUGCUUUGAAUGGGGAUGGCAUAGAUGAAGGAAUUCACUGGCUUGUGGAUUGUGUGAAGAGAAACAACGAUGUUCGUCCCCCUCGUAAUCAGAAUGACAGUUGUCUAUCUUAAUAAUACAUUCCUAUUUUGUUUUAUAAUAUAGAUUAAUCAAUGAACAGUAUUUUAAUGUAAAAAUUGUAUACACUUACAUUAAAAAGUACAUUUUUACCAAUAAACUUUGUUUUCUAUAUUAA